CGAGGCGGAGGAGCAGGCAGGGCCCGGCCGGAGACGUCAUUUCCGCCUGUGUAGCGGUGGGGAGCGUAGCUGUGCGCGGAGCGGGACAGGACGGGACGUGAAAUGCCUAAAUCAAAGGAACUUGUGUCUUCAAGCUCAUCUGCAAGUGAUUCAGAUAGUGAAGUUGACAAAAAGGCAAAGAGGAAAAAGCAAGCAGCUCCAGAAAAGCCUGUAAAGAAACAAAAGACUGGCGAAAGUUCUAAAGGCGCAGCUUCCUCUAAGCAAAGCAGUAACAGAGAUGAGAAUAUGUUUCAGAUUGGCAAAAUGAGGUAUGUGAGUGUCCGUGACUUUAAAGGGAAAGUCCUAAUUGAUAUUAGGGAAUACUGGAUGGAUCAAGAAGGUGAAAUGAAACCUGGUAGAAAAGGUAUUUCUUUAAAUCCAGAACAGUGGAACCAGCUGAAGGAACAGAUUUCUGAUAUUGAUGAUGCAGUAAGAAAACUGUAAAGAGAGAGCCAUACAGAAACCUUUAUUGUUUUAGUUGUUUUUAGCAGUCUUUUUACAUUGGCUUUUGUUUUCUAAAAUAUUUGUUUUCCAAGCUAUUGUAUAUUUGGAUUGCAAAACAGUUUGUAAGAUGAAUACUUUUUUUAUGUGCAUUAAAAGUGUAUUCUGAGUGAGGCUAUUGUGUAUACUUUAUUAAAAAGAAAUGUGUUGCUUUCACCUCUUGGUGUAAAAUAAAAACAAAAUCAAGUGAUACCAUGUAAAACUUGGCUCUUUGUGGCCUUUUUAAUUGAAAAUGCUGUAUAAGGCCAACUAACAGUUUUUAGUAUCCUUUCAUUUUACUCUCAGUUCAGUUUAACAGUUAGUAUGAACAAGCUUUAUGAACAGACCUUUAAAAUGUUUUCUUUAUAAUUUUUACUUUGUCCUUCAUCCUCUCACCCUCCAAAAGUUAUGAUUUAUCUGAAUUAAGGUUCAAUGGAAACAUUGAUUAAUUAAAGUACAAUUUAAAUACUGUAUUUGCUAAUUGUCCACAUUAUGUAUUUGGAUGUAAAUAUACCCAGUAUAUAGACUUUCUGCAUUACUUGCAUGAAGUAUUGUACUACAUGCAUAUACAAUUUCUGUACAGUAACACUUGAAUACCAGCUACAUUAUUUCUCCCAUUUUUAUAGCUUGCUUGACGUACUAUAUUUAGCCUUUAUUUGUGGACAUGAGGUGUUAGUAUGGUAUAUAUGUAAUCUUAAGUAAUACCUCAGAAUAGGUAUUUACCUCAGAAUAGGUUUUAAUAAGAUUGUAUUAAAAAAAAUCAGUUUUUUUUGGGGGGGGGGGGAACAAACUAGUUACCUUGCUUAUUUCACCCUUUUAAGUUUUGCAUUACACUAAAAUAAUUCUAGAACGUACACUAUUUGCCUAGGUGCUAGUUACUCUAAGACAAGAAUGCUUUAUAUGAAUUUUUUAAAGGAUUGUACUCAAGUUUAACAAUCCUGUUUGAGCACAUUUUAUUAAAGCUGAAUUGUAAUACAUUUUAGUUGACUGGAUUAAAAAUGCUCCUGCCAGGGUAUGUGUAGGGUUAAAACAGUUUUUCCCUGUCCGUAUUACCUAGUUAAAUCAAAGUUGGUUUGAUUGCAUUUACAUGGCUAACCCAUGCACAAUAUUAAUAUUUUGCAAAGGAUGUAGUGCUUGCAGUGACAUGGUAGAACACAAGUGAACCUUAAUGAACUUAAUUUGGCUAUCAGUAGUCUGAUCUGAAAUGGGUCAGGUGAGGUGAGACUUCUCAAUAGGAGGCAAACUAGUGUAGAUAGAACUGAAGGGACUUUUGACAGAUAAAUGGACAUGGAAAGAAGGGAAAGCACAUAAGAAUCUCUCAGGAGUAUGGUAAUUUAAUGGACAUUCCUAGUCAUACUAAAGACCAUAAAAGUGAGGCGGAAGAUCAAAGUAUAACAGUACAUUGAAGAAACCUACACUGGUGGUAUCCUGGAUUUCUUUACCUGCCUCCAAAUUCUGUAAGGAAGAAGAUAAAGCAAUUUCUUGAAACCUGUAGUUUCAGGACUGUAUAUCACUGAAUGUACAACUACUGAUUCUGCUGUAACUUUUUCAUUUAAUACUCAUUUAUCUGUAUUUUUCAACUUGUCUAUAUAAACUUUCUGCUAUUUGCUUAA